AGUACAACAGUAAAAUAGGACGGAGAAUAAAUCUUUGCAUAUAUAGUGAACGAUCUAAAAUCGUCUCCUAAAGUUAACAUUUGAAUUUUCAUAGCAUUCUUCCAAGGUCACUCUAUACUAAAAACCUUGCGUUGCAUGCUGGUUCUUAGAUGCUCUUCUUCUUCUUCUCGAAGGUUGCUGGAGUUUGGAACGGCAACCACUUCCUUUUGUUCCUACAAAACUGUUUGGUGCUACCGCUGCGUAGGCCUUGAUCCUUGAACUAACCAUUUAUAUCAUACAAUCCUUAUUGUUAAAGAAUUUAAGAAUAAGGGUUUAUGAUGAAGAAGAGUGCUUUUGAGAAGAUGGUGAUGCAGAAGAACAAGAGCAAGGGAAGCCACGAGGAUCAGAAGAAGCAGCAGUGUAACAGGUUGUUGGUGAGUAUCAACGUACUUGGGAGCGCAGGGCCAAUAAGGUUUGUGGUGAAUGAAAAGGACACUGUUUCUGCGAUCAUUGAAACCGCUCUCAAGUCCUAUGCUCGUGAAGGCAGGCUUCCUCUUCUUGGUUUUGAUCCCACCGACUUCCUCCUUUAUAAUGCAUACUUUGAUGCUCUGAAUCCAUUGGAAGCCAUAGGAUCUUAUGGGGUGAGGAACUUUGUGCUGUGCAAGAAGCAAGUGUGUUCAUCAAAGCCAGAACCAAACACAGAGCUGAUAUCUCAGAAAAGCAAUGGUGGUAGUGGCUUUAAGGCAUGGUUCAACAAAUCAUUUGGAUUGAAAAUUUUAUCCCAUUGAAGAGAUAUAUCAAUUUGAGAUAUGAAUAAUGAUGUGGUGUUAAUCCAUUUGGUUGUUGAUGGUAAUGCGGAAGAUAUAUCAAUUUAAUAAUGAUGUGGUGUUAAUCAAUUUGGUUGUUGAAUAAUGAUGUGGUAUUAAUCCAUUUUGUAUCUUUUCUGUUUACUCUGCCUGGUUGUAUUAAUAAGUUUCUUUUUUCAAAAAAAAAAAAAGAGAUAUAUCAAUUUAAUGUAGAACUCUUCUACAGUUCAGUGUUCUAGCCAUGAUUGUUCUUU